AUGAAAUCACAUUGUACGACUGGAGGAUGGGUACUUGGAAACCUCAUCGAUGGGACCCAAGCGGAACUGCCUGGAAAUGUUGAUGCAAGAGAGAUGGCGGUAUUUUCCGACGCUUUCCCAACGGGGAUGGAAUGUGGUACUCUCAAUGCGAAUGUUCAGCCGGGGAGCUCUGUGGUCAUCGUGGGAGCUGGGCCAGUGGGUCUUUCUGCCAUGCUCACGGCGAAGUUAUACACACCAUACCCGGUCGUUAUUCUUGACAAACAAGAUACAAGGCUUGAGCUGGCUAAAAACCUUGGUGCUGACAAAGUCAUCAAUGUUGACGCAUAUAACGCAAUGGAAGAACUCGAUUCUGUUGUUGAGGGAAAGGGUUUUGAUUGUGUGAUAGAAGCCGUUGGAACACCGACAACAUUUGACCUUUGUCAGAAGCUGGUGGCUCCGGGGGGUUCUGUGGCAAAUAUAGGGGUUCAUGGUCAAAAAGUAACUCUCGACCUUGACAGACUCUGGGACCACAAUAUUACCACACCAGGUAUCAAAACUAAGUUGGUCGAUACAGUCACCAUUCCGACACUCCUUCGGCUUUUCCAAGCCGGCCGCAUACAAUCAGAAUUACUUACGCAUCACUAUCCAUUCUCAGAUAUUUCCAAUGCUUAUGAGGCAUUCCAAAAGGGUCCCAAAGAGGGUGUUAUGAAGGUCGGAAUAUUUUUCUGA